GUUUCUAUUUCUCUCAAAUCGAUCCCUCCUUGUGUAGAGAGAAAUGAGGGAGACCUCGGUGAGUGGUCUUUCAUGGCGGCCUCUGGUACUCUUCGCUUCGUUUGUUAUGCACUUCGUGUUAGGUCUUUCAGGGGAUUCCAAUACAGGAGUUAAGGCAGAGUCUAACACUUCUUCCAACAGAAGAGGCGCAAAAGUAAUCCUCAUACUAGUCGGAUUUGUGGCUGUAGCCAUGUUCUCCUUCUUCUUAUAUAAGCUAUGGCAGAAGAAGAAAAGAGACGAGCAGUAUGCUCGGCUUUUGAAGCUCUUUGAGGAAGAUGAUGAACUCGAGGUUGAAUUAGGCCUUCGAGAUUAAAACCUAAUUUAGAAAUUUGUCAUCAAAAUUGGCUGACCCAUGUUUGUUUGUGUUAGCUUGUUGUUUUCUCCAAUGUAAGAUAAAUAGAAGAAUCAUAGCAUGUCCUUGUUUAAACCUUUAAUUUUCCUAUAAUCUUAUGUUUGAUAUUGGCAGGUGUUUAUAUAA